GGAUGCCGCUUCAAGUUAGCGAUUACAGCUGGCAGCAAACCGAGACUGCAGUCUUUCUCUCUCUGCCUCUCCGAGGUGUCUGCGUCAGAGACGUAGACGUGUUCUGCACGGAAAACUAUCUGAAGGUCAACUUUCCUCCAUUUUUAUUUGAGGCGUUUUUGUAUGCUCCCAUAGAUGAUGAGAGCAGCAAAGCCAAGGUUGGUAAUGAUGCUAUUGUCUUUACCUUGUAUAAAAAAGAAGCGGCCAUGUGGGAGAACCUUUCUGUAUCAGGUGUUGACAAAGAGAUGAUGCAAAGAAUAAGAGAAAAAUCUAUUUUACAAGCACAAGAAAAGGCAAAAGAAGCUACAGAAGCAAAAAUGGCAGCAAAACGGGAAGAUCAAAAAUAUGCACUGAGUGUCAUGAUGAAGAUUGAAGAAGAGGAGAGGAAAAAAAUAGAAACUUUGAAAGAAAAUGAACGAAUAAAAGCAACUGAAGAAUUGGAAGCCUGGAAAGAACAUCAGAAGAAAGCUGAAGAACAAAAAUAUAUACAGAAAGAAGGGAAAUUACAUCAACAAGAAAAGCAAAUUAAAGAAAAGAAAAAAAAAUUAAAGAAUAAAAAAAGUCUUACUGGAAAUUUGGCAUCUAGAAAUCUUACCACAAAUGGGCGAAAUUUGGAAAAUAUAUUUUCUGAGAAGUUAAAGGAAGACAGUGUUCCUGCUCCUCGCUCUGUUGGCAGUAUUAAAAUCAGCUUUACCCCUCGCGUCUUCCCAACAGCUCUCCGAGAAUCACAAGUAGCAGAAGAAGAGGAGUGGCUACACAAACAAGCAGAGGCAUAUAGAGCAAUGAAUAUGGAUAUUCCUGAACUUUGUGACUUAAAGGAAGAAGAAAAGAACCCAGAAUGGUUGAAGGACAAAGGAAAUAAAUUGUUUGCAACAGAAAAUUAUUUGGCAGCUAUUAAUGCAUACAACUUAGCCAUAAGACUAAAUAAUAAGAUUCCGUUACUGUAUUUGAAUCGGGCUGCUUGUCACCUAAAACUAAAAAACUUGCACAAGGCCAUCGAAGAUUCUUCUAAGGCACUGGAAUUACUGACACCAUCUGUUGCAGACAAUGCUAAUGCAAGAAUGAAGGCACAUGUAAGACGAGGAACAGCAUUCUGUCAACUAGAAUUGUAUGUAGAAGGCCUACUGGAUUAUGAAGCUGCACUUAAGAUUGAUCCAUCCAACAAAACUGUACUAAAUGAUGCUGAGAAGAUUCGGAAUAUAAUUCAAGGAACAGAACGAAAAUCUUAAUAACUACUAGAGGCAACAAGAUAUUAUUUUAAAUUUAUAAAAAAAUAACAGGUUAGGGAUCUCUGUACUUACUAUGGUUUAUUGUGCAGAAUCACUUUCUGUUUAGUACUAUAGUUCUAUAUAGGGCAAAAUAUUAUAAAUCUAAAGAAAAUGAAAUGUUUCGUUUGAUAGUUUCUGAUUAAACAAAUCAAAAUAAGAAUAAUCAAUUUUGAUUUUUUUCUACUUUAUAUUAGUACAUAGCUUAAUGAUGCAUUUUUUCUAAUUGGAUUGAAGUUGCCAUUGUAACUAACCAAAUAAUUUGUUUGUGUGAUGAUUACUAGGACACUGAUUGUUUUAAAACAACAUAGACUUGUCAAGUAAAAGAUUGUAUUUAUAAA